GAGAUGCUGACUCCGCCCCUUCCGGGUAACAAGCCCCACCCUAGUGUGCAGAGGCGUCCCUAGGACCUAAUGGAGACAAUCGGAGCCCAGGACAUGCCGGGAUUGAGAAACUACGAGGUGGCGGUGGAGGCGGAGGAGGAGAUCUACUGGGGCUGUUUCUACUUUUUCCCCUGGCUGCGAAUGUGGCGCAGGGAGAGGAGCUCGGCGCACCCCCGGGAGCAGAAGCUGGAGCCUCUGCGAGGCCUGAUGAGCUGUCUAUCGAGCGGCCUGGGCCCUGCUCCCCAGCGCUCAGGUCGUGGCCUUCUCUGCCGCACUCCCGCUACUGCUGUCCAGCCAGCCGGUGCAUUAAAAAUUUAAAGCCAAGCUCACGGUACUGCCUUCCUGACUGCCGCCCCUGCCGCCGUUCGACUUAGGAGCUCCUCUUUUUCACACCUGCUGCUUCCUUAUUCAAAGGGCCUCUGCCGGGUAGGGUGCCCUUCCAGGUCAAGGCUCCUGUCAUUUCUAAGGGCCCCUCAUCAAUGUCCGGCUUCCUGUUGCUGUCAGUGACUGCCUUCUUUCCCUCUGUCCUCCAAAAACUCCGGUCAUUGUUAGUAACCUACACGGGAACAUCCAAAUAAUCCUGGUCUAAUCUCCUUCCAUACUUUAUCCCCACACUGAUAUGCUCUACAACCCUGGCUGUCCUUCACCACCUUCCUCCUAGCCAAGACUUUGCCAGGUAUCUGAAGACUCUUCCCUUCCUCGGAGUGAAUCAGACAUUUUAAGCCAGGGCUGUAGGGUGUAGACUAUUAUUGGGAAGAGGAGAAGAUUCCUAGAACCUGCCUAUUGUAGCCUGUCUCUGAAGAGCAACGUGGGGUGGGGCCUUUCCUACAGUUUAAUAUCCCAAGCUGCUUCCUCCAAUCUGAUCCAAAUUUUAGAGAUACUUACCAUCAGCCAACCUUGAAGUUUUUGCCUCUUCUCUAUAAGUGCUUCGCCCUGCCAGCCCUUUUUGUCAUGUCAGCUAAUCAGCCUGGGACCCACUAACUCCUAAAACAACAAGAGUCAGGGACUGCUAUGUGUGCCUGCUUUCAGUUAGAGGCUGGCUCAGGGAAUUAAGUUACAGAGACAGCCCAGUUUUUAGCUGGAGCCAAUGCUGACUUUCAGCCUGGGGCUGCUCCUGCCACAGCAGAUUGUGGCUGGAGAGGACUUGGCCUUAUUUUUGGAGAAGCUAAAGGGGAGAGAUUUGUUUUCUGCCUUCCAAAGGUCUCUGGACUGAGAAGUCCAGGAAAGACCACAAAAUAUGUGCAAGCAACCAGCUGAUGAACAAGGUCUGUGAGAAGAUGAUGGAUCCAAGAGAUCUCCUUGGAAUAUUCUCAGUAGCCACACCCAAGCUCUGGAGAACAUGUCCAGAUUGGGAGUGGGAGAGGCAUCCUAAGCCCUCUGCUACCAAAAAUUCUGGAUGAGUGACCUCUGUGUUCACUUUCAAGAAAGUCCCCAGGCUCUUUAACCAUUUCCUCAUAAUGUCUAUCCAGCCCUGGGCCCACAGCUCACCAGGAUACUGUCAGAAGACUUGAAGAUCCCUGGGACAAAUUGUAGAGAGGGACCCUCAGGCUUCACCUGGACAGGAGGAGGAGAGGCUCAGCUUUUCAGCCUGGAAGGUGACUAGUCCAUUCUGUGGGAGCUGAAGCCCCUCCUAAAUGUUGAGGCAGCACUGUAGCAGAAAGGGCCACCCAGAGAAGGUAUGAAUGAAAACUUGGGCCAGGGAUUUAGCUCAGUGGUUCUGGUGCCUGCCUCACAAACACAAGGUCCCGAGUUUGAUCCCCGGUACCAAAAAAAAAGAAAAAGAAAACUUACCCCAUAGAGUGAGUGGCCCCAGAACAGAAAACUAAAGAUACCCCUACCACAUCCAGAAAAGGCCUGGAUUAUUGAUGUAUGACUCCAUUUAUGUUUCAAAUACAGAGCAGGACUUGAAGGUUAAAAUCCCCAGCUAGGAAUGGUACAUUCUUCAAGGAGCCUGGGCCACUGACACAGAAACUGACUCUGUCCCAUCCUAGGCAGUUUCUAGCAUUCCAGAAACAACUGGAUUAGGAGGGGUCCAAAUGUUGCAUCUAGACACAGGAAAGAAGGGAGGAAAGCCUGGGUAUGAGAUUAGGAUAGGAAGGAGAUACAGUUGGGGCUAUAGCUGGAGAAUGGGAUCCAGAAGAUGUAGGGACUAUAAAUGGGUAUUAUGAAACAGGGGUGGGGGUGUUCUUCCAGACCCACAGUGGAAGGAGGCUGGAAUUUGAGUAGAACAAAACAGACAUAAUUUACUCUUGAGUCUGAUGUCUCAACAAGGCAGGGAUUGAGUCUAGAAACCCCAGGCCUCUGCUAACAAACUCCCAUUCCUGGAACAGAACUAGGCAAAAACAGGAAGGUAAGAUUUUUUUGUGCCUUCCACAUAUGACAUCAGCAAUCUGGCACCAAAGAACUUCUAUCUCCUUUCAUGCGUCUUACCUUUUCUGGUCUCAUCUUCCCCACCAUCUCCCACACAUCUUUCCUCACCAUCUCCAGAGGACCCCCAAAACCAAUGAAGUCACCUUUCAGUUUCUCGGAAUGUAGCUGGCCCCAGCCAAGACCUCUCCUCAGCCAGAGGAGGGAUCCAUUCCCAACUAUUUCUCCUGAUAAGACAAGCAGGCCAGGGCAGGAAGGCAAGUUAGUCCUGGCCUGUCCUCUGUUUCUACUCCAUCUGCAACUCCUGUAUGAGAAUGAAUAUGCUAAUAUGAAUAUGUGAUUGGAUGGUUGUGGAAACACAGCUGUGUGGGAAUGGGUCUUUGAAUGUAACUAGAACUGUAUAAUUUUUGUCUAUAAUGGUACAAUCAUGGGUGUGGCUGUUAUUCAUGGGAAUAUGAAUUUGAAUGUCUAUUAUUAGAUGUUAUUGUGGAUCCCCAGCUGUUGUUAGUCACUGUACCAUCAGCCCCCAUAUCAUGUACACCCUCUCCCCCUACUUCUCUGAUGAGGGCUCAAGAGCCUAUCAAAUAAUAGUCCUAGAAGAGGAAGGGGUCCAUGGCAACAGUCCAGGAAUUUGAGUUCAGGAAUGUCACAAGAUAAGCAGUACAUCUCCACCUGUCUCUGACUCACCUGAUGCCCCAGGUAAAAUGCACACAGAUAAAAGGUAAGGGAGAAGGAGCAGAGAGAAGCAAGUAUCUCAGCUGAGAAACAUAAAGAAACUCUUCUCACCCACCAGCAUCUUCAUGCUGCUGCUGUUAUUCCUGAGCCUAGACCCUGAAGCAGCAUUGCUACUGCCGCCCAGCACUAGCUGCUGUACUCAGCUCUACAGACAGCCACUCCCAAACAAGAUACUGAGGAAGGUCAUCUGAGUGGAACUGCAAGAGGCUGCUGGGGACUGUCACCUCCAGGCUUUUGUGCUUCACCUGGCUCGACGCAGUGUCUGCAUUCAUCCCCAGAAUCGAAGUUUGGCUUGGUGGUCUGAGUGCCAAGGGAAAAGGCUCCAGCGGAGUCUGCCCAACCUGAAUCUGGAGCUUCAAGGGGAAAUAGUCUGGAGCAGCCAACACCCAAAAUAAUAAAGCAUUAUUGGACAAUAA